CUGCAUUUGAAUCUAUUAAAAACAUGUGGGUCCCUAGGUGUGACAAUAUGAACUUUUUCUUAGCAUUGGUUUAAGCAUAAAUAAAGUAUUGAUUAUUAAUCUCCCAAGAUAUGUGGUUCUCCCUCAACCAACCAAACAAAGACAUUUCCCUUGCAAACCCUCCAUUCUCAAUAAGCAGCCAUGGAAACAUAUAGGAAAAGAAUUAGAGAAUUUGAAAAUUCUGAUUAUGUUUUUAAAUUUCAUCGCCUUUAUUUGUGUAAUUAUUUGAAUGUUUUAUGUCCCAAAUUCAAAUGAAAAUGGGGGAGCCCAACGUCCUAGGAGGGCUUCUUGCAGUACAGUAGUCACUGUGAAUAAAUGAUAUUUCCAGAAGAGUGGAAAAUAAUUUUCUAAUAAGGAGUGAGGAAAGAUCUGAGUCUAAUGGCCUUUUUGGUUCACUUUAAAGCAUAGGGCCAGCCACCUGUCUGUUGCAUACUCUUAGCACACAUGAUGAUGAUGAUUCAAAGUAUAUAAAUAAUACUACUUCUCAAUUCAAUCCAAUUCAAUUCAUAUACUCUCUCUUUCUUGGCUCCAUCAUCAUGCCAGAAACUUAUCCUUAGAUCCUUUUCUACCCUUUUUUUCUCAUCUUUUCUGAUUUUCUAUUACUGACAUGCCCAACUCCUUCUUCUUCGUUCUGACGUCUGACCAUUGUUGUCCCAAUUUGUAGUUAAGAUCCCUUCAAAUCCAUUAGACUUCAUAUUCUCUUGCAGAUAUUGUCUUCAAAAUCUUCCAUGAUGGAUCAUCAUCCUGUACCAUGUCUAGUGAAGGAGGAGAAAAUGGAAGAAUUCUGUAGUUUGCUUUCGGGUCAGCCUUCUUCAAUGGGCAUUCUUCCUCUACCAAUGGACAGACUUCAUGAAACGAGCACUCCUCCAUUCCUGACCAAGACAUACGACAUGGUCGAAGAUCCAACCACAAACCACAUGAUCACUUGGAGCAUAGGUAACAACAGUUUUGUGGUUUCAGAUCCUCAAGCAUUUGCCAUGAAACUACUUCCUAAAUACUUCAAGCACAACAAUUUCUCAAGCUUUGUUAGACAACUCAACACCUAUGGGUUUAAAAAGGUAGAUCCAGAUAAAUGGGAAUUUGCAAAUGAAGUGUUCUUGAGAGGGAAAAAGCAUCUUCUGAAGAAUAUUAGGAGGAAAAAGGCACCGCCUCUUCCUAUGGCAGCUAACCGUGAGAAGGAAGCUUGUGUUGAAGUGAGACGGUUUGGAUUAGAUUUAGUCGCAGAGAUGGAUGACCUGAGGCGGGAUAAGCAUGUUUUAUUGGAAGAAUUGACGAAGCUGAGACAGCAGCAACAUAAUACUAGAGUUUAUAUUGAUGCAAUGGAGGAAAGACUGAAUAAGACAGAGACUAGGCAUAGACAGAUGAUGGGGUUCUUGGCAAGAGCGCUGCAGAAUCCAUGUUUUGUGCAGCAAUUACUCAAAAAUGAUAAAAGGAAAGAACUUGGGGAAGUAAUUAAGAAGAAGAGAAGGAAGCGAAUCAGUUUAGGCCAAGGCGAUGAUGAUUUUGAUGAUGAUGAUGAUGAUUAUGGAGAUGUUUUUGGGAUGAGUAGCUUAGGGAGGGAGGUUGAAGGGCAAAUUGGAGUUUUAGAAAACUUUGAGGGAGGUGAUCAUGAGGAGGAAGAUUAUGGAAGUGUGAGUAAAUGGCUUUGUGAAGAAGGGUUGAUGGAGAAUCUGAUGAAUGAAAGGAACAUUGGUUUUCUUGGAGAAUGUGAAGAUGUAGAAUUAUUUGCAGAGCAGCUUGGUUUCAUGGGUUCUAACCCACUCUAACUUAACCGGACAUAAUCAUCUCUGUUUUGCCUUUUCCUUUCAUGGGUUCUGUUUUUGCUUCAAUUAAUGAUUUGUGUUCUUAUGUUUCAUGCUGGGAUUCUUCUUCUUCUUCUUCUUUCAUCACCAUUCAUUAUUGUAGAUUGUGAAGAUAACACUCUGAAUGGUAGAUAGUAGACUUUAAAAAUAAUGGUAUGUACUUUUGUGUCAA